AUGGCUCAGAUGUUGCUAUUACUACUAGCGAUUCAUAUGCAUAUUCUAACCGUUGGUUCAACCACCGAGACCUCUGCCUCAUUCGCUAAACAUAGUUCCGUCACCGUAAAUAAACCGUCUUCUAAGAUCGAUUUUAUAGUUUGGCGGCGAGAGCUAAGAGGUGGAGGAGGAGGAGGAGGAGGAGGUCGUGGUGGUGGAGGCGGUGGAAGGAGUGGUACCGGCGGUACAAGCAGCGGUAACUGCCUCAAGCACUAUGGUCUGUCCAAAAGCCUAUUAUUCAUCGGUAUAUUAAGCUAUUUGCUUGGUGUAUGGUAG